AUGCCAGGGUUUUACCCUCGACGUGAACAUGCCUAUUGGGGAACAGGUGGCUGGUCGCUUGAACGCAGCUAUUUAGAUACUCUCAGACGCCGAAUCUUACCCUACCUCAUAGACUUAUCCGAUGACGCAGGGAAGGAACAGCGCGUUGGUGAACUCAAGUAUUCACCUUUAGCAAGUCCAUGGCCAAAGGAGGAUUUUGAUCGCCUCGAUCCAGAUCCAUUGCACCCCGUUGCAAUUGAAAUACAUAUCUGCAACCUGAAACCGUUUCAGUUGGAAGAGCUUUAUUCACUUCACUGCAUUGACCUCCGGAAGUUCUCUGGAGACCACAACAUGGGACAUGAGGAGGCCCACAAAGAGGCCUACAAACGCACCUCGGAACAGUAUUGGGAAUGGAAGGAGCGGACUCCCAGCGAGGCAAUCAGGCGACUGGCACCCACUGGACGUGACGAAGCCAUCAUCGCGCGCAGUGAGGCAGCGCCGGACUCUGAAAGUGAGAGUGAAAGUGAAGAUGGCAUGGAUAUAGAUGAGCCGGAGUACGAUGAUGGAGACAUUGCCUGGUCUCCGGUGGAUGAGAUGAUGGGGCAAGAGGUAUAUGAUGAGCCUGAGGGACAGGUACAGAGGUCCAGGAAACGUUAUUUCGAUGAUGAUGAUGAUGAUGACGAAGCCAACCAUGGUGAGGCUAAUAAGCGAGCAAGGUUUACGCAUUGGUAA